AUGGUCGUUUCCGAGGUCAUCAUGAUGACAUGCUCAGAAGCCCUAUUUAACCAUGAAAAUUCCCGGUUUGACGAGCGCGUCAAGCGCAUCGCAAUUCGGGAUGGCGAGUGGCUCGAGGUGGUCGUCUGGAAGUUUGGCAAGCAGAUCCAGAAGCGCCAGCUUGAAGUCCCUGAGUAUGCUGCCAAUUUUGUCAACUACAAAGCACUAAAAAAGCUCAUUAAAAAGCUUUCCGCAACUCCGACGCUCCAGGCCCAGAAUGACCACCUUCACUCCGCCGCUACAAUAGAUUCACAGGCCGCUUUGCAGGCGAACAAAGCGACGUUCUUCUUCCAGCUGGAAAGAGAGCUGGAGAAAGUCAACGCCUUUUAUCUUCAAAAAGAGGCAGAGCUCAAAAUCCGGCUCAAGACCCUCUUGGAUAAGAAAAAGGUACUCCAGUCACGCCAUGGCAUAUCAAGACGGUCAGCCAAGUUUACAACCCUUCAAGAGGGUUUCCAACAAUUUGCGAACGACCUCAACAAGUUGCAGCAAUUCGUCGACAUAAAUGGGACGGCGUUUUCCAAGAUCUUGAAGAAAUGGGACAAGACUUCCAAGUCCAAGACGAAGGAGCUCUAUCUCUCCAGGGCUGUUGAGGUUCAGCCCUUCUUCAACCCGACUGUCAUCAGUGAGCUCUCUGACCAGGUCACAACGAGCCUGCAGGAGCUCGGUGCAUGGGCAGACGGGGACCACGUCAGCUUUGAAGGGCAAGGACGACCAGACCACAUCGUGAGCAGCCAUCAUCUCCUGGGUACCGAAGAGGGAGAUGCAGACACCAUCCUCCUCGAGACGGUCCUCUCGGGGAACCUCGAUUCUUUGAGAGACCUCCUAGGGCGUAUGAGAGAAGCAGUGGAGCCCAACUCAACAAUGGAUCUGUCUUUGAUGGAGAGGAUCACCAGAACCUUCCUUGCGUCCAUCAAUGAAGCUCCACAGGAAUCUCUCCAGCUCCUGCUUGACACAGGCUUGGUGGACAUCCAGUCCGAAGACGACAUCAAUGAGCGGAAUUGCUUGCACCAAGCAACGAUCUACGGCAAUUACUUUGUCUUGAACCUCGCACUGGAAAAAGGCGUUGCCGUCAAUCGAACGGACGUCUACGGUCGGGUGCCGUUGCAUUAUGCCAGUAUGCAUGGCCGGUUGGACAUGAUUGAUGCACUCUUGGCUGUUGACGCCGACACCAUCAAUCUUAUCGACCAUGACAAUUUCCGACCGUUGGUACAUGCCAUCAUACACAACAACUUGGACUGCGUACAGAUGCUUGUGGAGAAAGGGGCCCGGCUGAAUUCCAUCUCAGAGACCGACCAUGCCCCUCUAAACCUGGCAUGCAAACAUGGUUCGUAUGCCAUCGUGGAGCUUCUCCUCACCAAAGGCGCUCAAAUCCUACCCGAUGCCGAAGGUCUGUAUCCCCAGCACCUUGUGGCCAGAUCUGCCAGGAAUCCCGAGCUGCUGAGCCUACUGAAGCACUUCGGGGCUGACCUCGAUCAAAUCGACAAGCUGUAUGGAUGGACGCCACUCGUACAUGCUGCUAGCGAAGGAAACGUCCCUUGCUUGCGAGCACUUCUGGAUGAAGGGGUUGACGCAAAUAUCCUUGACGAGAAAGACCUUUCAGCGCUUUAUUAUGCAGCGUGGGAGGGUCAUCUCGAGUGCAUGAAUUUGCUGAUAUCCCUUCAAGGCCCAAUGGCACAGACCCAGGAGCCCGAAAGCAUGUCACUCGAUCCAGAUGGAAUCCCAGACCUCGAAUUACCGCCACCCAUCAUCCCACUGCGUAGAUAUGGCCACAAUUUCCUGGAUACCAAGACCGUCGUACAGAUCAACUUUGGUGCAGAUGCUGAACAACCUCUCGUGUUCUUCCACGAUGGCAAAUACCCCGCCGCUCGGUUGACCAUCUCGUCCAAGGCUUCCGACUUCAUUCCUAAGAAUAUAAUCCUCCCCUUCACAGAAGAUACCCGUCUUGUUUCUUUCCAGGUCGACAAUCUCGAUGCUUUCACGUUGGAUUUUGACGUGUUUCCGACGUACGGAGCUAAAGUCAUUGCGAAGACGGUGGCUUUGCCCAACACCUUCCGCGCCUCAUUGAGCAGUUCCGGCAGCUGCUGCCUUCCCCUGUUUGAUCCCAGACUUCGCGCGAUCGGUCAAAUCAGCUUCAACACGCAGGUUAUCAAGCCUUUCCAAGGCAAGCCCCUGGAAAUCACCGACUUCGAGACAUAUUGGAAGGCAACCAGGCAGUUUGAUCGCCAUAUCAGCAGCUUUGUUACCGGGUCGAGUCUUGUUGGUAAUUUCGUGAGACUCUAUGUGCAGCAGACAAAGGAUGGCGUUGCAGUUCUGUGGCCCACACGGACAGUGGACAUGGGCACAGAAGGUAUGGCCGUUCCUCUGUCAUGGGUAACCCACGCACAGUUCGAGCAGAUGGCACGAAUUUCACCUUCGAGAAAGGCCCUCGCAACAGGAAUCCUCCAUCAACAGACUGAGCUUCAGGAAAUCCACCGCCUCUUCGCAUCAGCGGGACUCACCCUCACUGAGGCCCUCGACAUGCUACCCUCCAGCGUGAACUUCAACCUGCAUUUCAUCUACCAGAUAGCAGAGGAUCACGCCCACCCGCAACCCCAUGAGUCAAACAGCCGCGGCUUGAACAACUUUGUUGACUCGGUGCUGGGAAUCGUGUUCGACCACGCGCGUGUGCAGCGUGCACAGUCCCAACAGAGUGGAGGCAGUACGGCCGUCCGGACCGUCGUGUUCAGCUCGUACAGCCCUAGCGUCUGCACCGCGCUCAACUGGAAGCAGCCUAACUUCCCCGUGUUCAUGUGUAAUGACCUCGGCCGCGAAGAAGUCUCGAUGGCGCCCCCGCAGAUGAUCGCCGCGGCCGUGAACCAUGGCCGUAGAUCCAGCUCGAUCAAGGAGGUGGUCAGGACGGCCCAGGGCAACAACUUUAUGGGGUUGGUGGUAGCUUCAAGGCUUCUGAAAAUGGUGCCGUCGCUUGUGGACGCCAUCAAGGCCCAAGGACUCGCCCUUGUGGUCGACAAGUCUUCCGAGGCUGGACCACUCUCUAACCCUCCGCCUGAAAAGCUGCCACCAGGUGUCGAUGGCGUUUUCAAAUACACUGGUGUGCUGAGAUUCACCGAUUCGAUAGAUAUGUAA